GCUUGAAAAGAUCAGAAUUCGAUCUGACUUUAAUAAAAUUUUGAUGGUUCACAAAUUCUUCUGCCAUCUGUAGCCUGUAAAUAUUUCAAGUUGUCCUUUGCUCCAAAACAUAAGUCAGUAAUUUUUCUGCGAAGUCUGUUGUUGCGUGAAAACGCUUAUUUUUAGUCCAACUGCAUAUGUUAGAUAUCGACACCCUGUAUAUUUAAAAAAUACAAUCGGAUUUCUUGUACAAUUUUGUUGGGCUGCCGUACAAUAAUCAGUGAGGUACCCUGGCAACUGUAAGUGUCACACGGGUUAAAUUUAUGGGUUAAAUAAAUCCACAAUAAAUCAAAACGUUGUUUAAAGCUAGAAAGUUCAAAAAAUAAGUAUUAGCAAAGUUAAAAUGGCAGAUCUGAGAUUCGAUGGUCGAGUGGUGAUAGUGACCGGAGCUGGAGCGGGCAUUGGAAGAACCUACGCGCUUUUAUUUGCAUCCAGAGGGGCCAAAGUGGUGGUCAAUGAUCUGGGAGGAGGACGACAUGGAGAUGGCAGCUCCUCUAAAGCUGCUGAUAAUGUGGUUGACGAAAUCAGAAGAACCGGAGGAAUAGCUGUUCCCAAUUAUAAUUCGGUAACCGAUGGCGAACAGUUGGUGAAAUCCGCCCUAGAUAACUUUGGACGCAUUGAUAUUCUAGUGAAUAAUGCGGGAAUUUUACGAGACAAGAGCUUUGCAAAAUUAUCUGAUCAAGACUGGGAUCUGGUUCAUCAAGUCCAUCUGAAAGGAAGCUUCAAAACCACUCAAGCAGCCUUUCCACACAUGAAAAAGCAGGGAUUUGGACGAAUCAUCAUGACUGCUUCAAAUUCGGGACUAUAUGGAAAUUUUGGACAAGCCAAUUAUUCAGCAGCAAAGUUAGCAUUGGUUGGUCUGGCUAAAACCAUCGCUAUUGAAGGCGCAAAGAGCAACGUUUUCUGCAAUGUGAUAGUGCCUACUGCGGCCAGCCGCCUGACUGAGGAUAUUUUACCUCCAGAUAUUUUCAAUGAACUGAAACCGGAGUUCAUAGCACCAGUCGUGGCGUACUUAUGCCAUGAAUCCUGCCCUGAGAAUGGAUCCAUGAUAGAAGCCGCAGCUGGUUGGGCUGGAAAAUGCACCAUAGUGAGAUCAAACGGAGCCCUACUAAGGUCCUCAAUGAAUGACGGCGUAACGAUCGAAAAGGUUAAAGAAAACUGGGGAAAAAUCACCGAUAUGACCGACGCCAAGAGUCUCAGAGCUAUCGAGGAAGCCACCGGAGCCCUGAUUGAAUCCCUAGAUGCCAUAAGAGACCCUGAGAACCAAGAAGCUCAAGCAAAUGACGAACUGUUUGAGUUUAAUGAAAAAGACGCUAUUCUAUAUGCAUUAGCUGUGGGCGCAACGCUCUCCGAUCAAAGACAGCUAAAGUUCCUGUACGAGAACCACGAAGACUUUGCCAUAUUGCCAACUUUUUUCAUAAUACCAGCUCUCCAAGCCUGCUUAUCCUCAGAUCUGAUUUCCAGGGCUUUGCCAAAGAAGGACAUCGAUUUAACAAAUAUUUUGCACGGCGAGCAAUACAUUGAAAUCCUAGGAGAUGUUCCGACAGAUGGGCAACUCUCGCAAAAGCUUGAAGUAGUUGAAGUGCUCGAUAAAAGCUCGGGGGCUGCAAUAGUAAUUAACAUUGAUUCAAUCGAUCGAAACAACAACGUUGUGGUCAGGAACCAGAUUGUUACUUUUGCGGUGGGCGCUGGUAAUUUCGGGGGCCAAAGAAAUGGAACAAAGGCGGUGCCUUGCUUGAACAAACCCAGUAGAAAGCCUGAUGUAUCAGUGACGCAAAAAACCAGCAUUGAUCAAGCUGCUUUGUACAGACUCGUUGGCGACAGAAACCCGCUUCAUAUCGACCCUAACGUGUCCGUCCUAGCAGGAUACGAAACCCCAAUCUUGCACGGUUUAUGCACUUUGGGCUUUUCGGCACGUCUGGUGCUUAGUGCGUUUGCUGGACAUGACGCAUCGCUAUUCAAGGCCCUAAAGGCCAGGUUCACUAAACCGGUGGUUCCAGGCCAAACAUUAAGGGUGGACAUGUGGCAGGAAGGGAACCGAAUUCACUUUGAGACUGUGGUUGUGGAAAACAAUGCUGUAGUAAUCAGCGGAGCCUACGUAGACUUGAAGUCGGUCAAAAUGCCAGCCGCAGCUAAUAAAGAGUCGGGCGCUGCCCUCAGGAGUGAUGCCAUUUUCGAGUUCAUUUCCGAUCAAGUAAAAGCAGAUCCAAACAAGGCCAAAAGUGUAGGCGGUUUGUUCCUAUACAAAAUCACUAAGGAUGGAAAAGAAGCCAAACAAUGGACUAUGGACCUUAAAAACGCCAAAGUAUACCAAGGUGCACCUGAAGGAAAGCCCAGUACCACCCUAACCAUUUCCGAUGACGAUUUCCUACUAUUAGCCGAAGGUAAACUUCAGCCCCAGCAAGCAUUUAUGAAAGGAAAACUGAAAAUUACCGGAAAUAUAAUGCUGGCGCAAAAGUUGGCUCCUUUGCUCAAAACCAACGCCAAGCUGUAAAGUUGCUUCACACGUUUCUACUUACUUUAUUCCAUGAUUUUGUAUUUUUAUCGCAAUAGGUAUUUGUUGUUAAGGGGUGAUUAUUGUGUAUAAAACUUUGUUAAAGGUUGGUUUAUUACAGAUAUUUUAAUUA